AUGGGUGCAGGAGCGACGCAGCAUGCGACAGGCUGCAAUGAGGUACGGUCGGUUAGGUUGAGAGUGCUGGUAACCCGCAGAAGGAAAAUGCGGGGGACGGAAACAGGUGGGCCAGGUGGAAAGGUGGGCUUGGUGCGCGUGCCAAGUACAUCAGAGGGUCCAACUGCAGCCUUGGCUGGUCCUGAGCAUUCCGAGAAGAUUCCGAGCGAUCCCGUAUGGAUGAAUUUUACAGGCUGUGGGGAUGUGGUGUGGAGUCUUCAGCUGAACGUCAACGUUUUAAAUGGAGCUUGA